GAGCAGACAAAAAAUGAACAGAAAGACUCCAAAUUCCAUGGCUUCUUCUUCUUCUCAACCAAUGAGUUCUCCAUCCUCAAUCCAUCCUCCCCUUCCUCACCUCCUCGUCGUUCUGCUACUACUACUGUUCCUACCCUCUUGCACAAUCGCCCAGCCGCCGCCAUUCGCUCUCUCAAACUGCGCCGAUCAGGUCGGCAACUACACCGCCGGCAGCGCGUACGGGAGAAACCUUAACGCCCUCCUCUCCACCCUCGCCGCCGACAACCAGACCACCACCGGGUUCUACAACCGCUCCUCGGGUCGGGGCGCGGACCGGGUCAACGCGAUCGGGCUCUGCCGGGGCGACGUCGGGCCGCCCGACUGCAGGGGAUGCAUCGCCAACGCCACGGGCCGGAUCCUCAUGGACUGCCCGGCCCAGAAGCAGGCGUUCGGGUACUACGAGUUCUGUAUGAUCCGAUACUCGAACUGGUACAUCCAAGGGACACUCGACUUGGGCCCGCCCGUCACGUUCUUCAUGUGGAACGUCAACAACGCAUCCGGCCCGGCCCAGUUCGACGCGGCCUUGGGUUCCUUGUUGGCCCGGCUGCGGGCCGAGGCGGCGGGCGGAAGCUCCGUGAGGAAGUUCGCCACGGGAACGGCGCGGCAAGGUUUCGUGACGAUCUUCGCUCUCGUUCAGUGCUCGCCGGAUCUGUCAGAGCAGCAAUGCGACGACUGCCUCGUCGGAGCCAUCGGCCGGAUUCCGGAUUGCUGCGACGGGAAAAUCGGCGGACGAGUCAUACAACGGACUUGCAAUUUGAGAUUCGAGACUUCUCGAUUUUAUUCUAAGACGGCGGCGCCGCCCCCUGCGGCGACCGUAGCGCCGCCUCCACCGCCGGUUUUAUCUCCGCCGCCGCCGCCGCCUACAGAAGGAGGCAGAGGAAGCGAGAAUUCGAGCAGAAUUGUAGCUAUUGUAGUUCCUAUCGUCGGCACCGCCGUGCUCGGCUUCAUUUUCAUUUUCUUCUUCUGCAGCCGCCGGAAACGGAAGAGGUCAACAAUCCCUAAUCAGAGGUCAAGCCAGCAAGAAGAUGCAACUGUGGACGAGAUCAUCAACAACGAAGGAUGGUUGCAAUACGAUUUCGAAACGAUUCAAGCAGCGACCAACGAUUUUGCCGAUGAAAGCAAGCUCGGAGAAGGCGGAUUCGGGGCUGUUUACAAGGGAGUUUUGUCAAACGGAGAACAAGUGGCGGUGAAGAGAUUGGGAAUAGAUUCAAGGCAAGGAGAUUUAGAAUUCAAGAACGAAGUCAAAUUAGUGGCUAGGCUUCAACACAGGAAUCUAGCUAGACUUUUGGGAUUCUGCUUGGAAGGGAGAGAAAAGCUUCUCAUCUAUGAGUUCAUCCCCAAUGCCAGUCUCGAUCAUUUCCUCUUCGACGAAUUUAAACGAGUGCAUUUGAAUUGGGAGAGAAGAUACAACAUAAUUGGAGGAAUUGCGCGAGGGAUGGUUUACCUUCACGAGGAUUCUAGGUUGAGGAUCAUUCACCGUGACCUAAAAGCCAGCAAUAUCUUGUUGGAUGCGGAGAUGAACGCAAAGAUCUCGGAUUUUGGAAUGGCGAGGUUGUUCGAUAUAGAUGAGACUCAGGGGAAUACUAGCCGGAUCGUUGGAACUUAUGGCUAUAUGGCUCCCGAAUAUGUUAUGCACGGGCAGUUCUCGGUGAAGUCUGACGUGUUCAGUUUUGGAGUGCUUAUUUUGGAGAUUGUGAGCGGUCAAAGGAACAAUUGUGCACGCGGAGGCUCGAGCAUGGAGGACCUAUUAAGCUAUGCGUGGAAGAACUGGAGGAAUGGGACGUACACGAGCCUCAUAGAUCCAUCUCUGGGGAACAAUGUCUCGGGCUCAGAGGUCGCGAGGUGCAUUCACAUCGGGCUGCUGUGUGUGCAGGAGUACGUGAACGACAGGCCGACCAUGGCCACCGUUGCUCUGAUGCUGACGAGCCAGUCGAUGACUCUGCCGCUACCUUCCAAGCCGGCCUUCUUCAUGCACUCCGGCACCGGCGAUGGGGUGUCGUCGUCGUGGGGAUACAGCAGCACUUCCAGGGAGGGAACUGGUUCCUCUCCGUCAGCUGAAGCGCUGUCUUUGUCGAGGAAUGACGUUUCCAUAACCGAGCUUUAUCCUCGCUGAAACGCAGAAGACUUGAACUCGAGUCAUUCAGAUUAAUAGUCAAUAUUCCUAACUAACUGGACUACAACAAUGGUUAUGUAUUUUUUGAAUUAAACAAAGAAAAUAUUGAAAUAUCUCAAAAUCAUAGGACUAUCCACCGCAAUAAUCAAUCAUCAAAU